ACUUCCGGAGCUUCCCAUUCUUUCUCUGUUCUCUGAACUCCGAGAGAGAGAGAGAGAGAGAGAGAGAGAGAUGGGAGACGAAAGGGUAAAAACAGAAGCUAUGCAGAUAAUUGGAAUGUUUCAAGUCCUCCCGAGAUUGAUCGUCUUCGAUCUCGAUUAUACUCUCUGGCCUUUCUACUGUGAAUGUAGGUCGAAGCGCGAAAUGCCGUCUUUGUAUCCCCACGCUAGAGGCGUUUUGAAUGCCUUCAAGGAAAAGGGUGUUGAUGUUGCCAUUGCUUCUAGGUCGCCUACUGCAGAUAUAGCUAAGACAUUUCUUGACAAACUGAAUAUUACCUCUAUGUUUGUAGCCAAGGAGAUUUUUUCUAGUUGGACCCACAAAACAGAACACUUCCAGAAGAUUCAUUCAAGAACCGGGGUCCCCUACAGCUCUAUGCUCUUCUUUGAUGACGAAAAUAGGAACAUCCAAGCGGUUUCGAAAAUGGGGGUAACAAGCAUUUUGGUCAGCAACGGUGUGAAUCUUGGAGCAUUAAGGCAGGGUCUAACAGAAUACUCUCAAAAUUUGAAUACUUCUGAAAAGAACAAGCAGAGAUGGCUCAAAAAAUAUGUGGGAAAUUCAAGUUCAUCUGAGAAAAAUGAGAAGGAAUGAGUAUAUCAGAGAUGCUGAGAUCUGUAUUUCCCGUUCCAGUUACGACAUGGGAAUUAGAAAUAAACUCGUGUAUUUUCGGGUAGCAUUUUUUUAUGGCAACAUUAAGAUAUUAAUGAUUUUUGGUAUCAAUUGGAGGAAGGCAUUCUUGAAUACUUUGUCUUCAACAUGUUCCUACAAAAGGGAGUGUCAUCUGUAAACAAUAUACUGAUCAUUAUGAUACUUUCAAAAAAAAAAAAUGUUAU